GUGCGGCGGCGUCGCAGCGCUACAACAAGAGCGGCUUUCGGGCUUUGUUUUGUGGAUGUGAAUGAGCUCCAUCACCUCCUCCAGAGAUGUGGACGGAUUUAAGGACAUUGCUACUUUUUCACUUGUUCGUUCUUGGACUUCCUUUCUUGGAAGCAAAUGAUGAGUGUGAGGAUGGACAAUUUCAGUGCAACAACAAAAGAUGUAUACCAACCAUCUGGAGGUGCGACGAUGACGACGACUGCUCAGACAACAGUGAUGAAGAAAACUGUCCCAGGAAAACGUGUGCCCCUGCAGAGUUUGCCUGUCUAAAUGGACAGUGUGUCCCAGGACGAUGGCGAUGUGACGGGGAACCAGAAUGUCCGGAUGGCUCUGAUGAAGCCGAGGAGACCUGCAGCAAACAGACGUGCCCUCCAGAGAAAUUUGACUGCGGGGGAUCCACCAACAAGUGUGUCUCGUUGUCAUGGAGAUGUGAUGGGGAGAAGGACUGUGAGAACGGGGCGGACGAGGAGGACUGUGCAUCUGAUGCCAAAGCCUGCCCGAGUGGAGAGUUCAUGUGUGCCAACCGCAAAUGCUUGGCCACAGUCUAUGUGUGCGAUGGCGACGAUGACUGUGGAGAUGGCAGCGAUGAGCUCAAGUGUACGUCACCUCUGACCUGUGGGCCCAACCAUUUCCGCUGCAACACCUCAGAGUGUGUGCCUCUCAUGUGGAGCUGCGACGGAGACCCCGACUGCUCCGAUAGUUCGGAUGAAGGUCCGGAGCGCUGCGGCGGAGACGGAGCGCCGUACCUGACUAACCGCAGGGCCAACUGCACUGAAGGAGAGUUUCGCUGUGCCAAUGGAGAGUGUAUUCGGCUGACCUGGAAAUGUGACGGAGAUCCGGACUGCAAAGACAAGUCUGAUGAGUCCGAUUGUCCUCUGCUGACUUGUCGUCCUGAUGAGUUCCAGUGUGGUGAUGGUUCAUGCAUCCAUGGCACCAAGCAGUGUAACAAGGUCCACGACUGUCCUGACCACAGCGACGAAUCCGGCUGCGUUAAUGCCACCAAAUGUGAAGGACCGCUGAAGUUUCAGUGUAGGAAUGGAGAGUGUAUCAACAGCUCCAAGGUGUGCGACUCUGUCAAAGACUGCAAGGACCGAUCGGAUGAGCCCAAAAAAGAGUGUGGGCUGAAUGAGUGUAUGAUCAAUAACGGCGGCUGCUCCCACGUCUGCAUGGACCGACCAAUCGGCUUUGAAUGUCAGUGCCCUACUGGCUACCAGCUGCUAGACAAGAAGACUUGUGGAGACAUUGAUGAGUGUGAGAACCCUGACGCUUGCAGCCAAAUCUGCAUCAACUACAAGGGGGAUUUCAAGUGUGAAUGUUAUGAAGGAUAUGAAAUGGACCCUGUCACUAAGACCUGCAAGGCUGAAGGGAAGAGUCCUUAUCUGCUGUUCACCAACCGACAUGAGAUCCGACGCAUCGACUUGGUGAAGAGGGACUACAACCAGGUGGUGUCCACACAGAAGAACGCUGUGGCUCUGGACCUGGAUGUGGCCAACAACCGAGUUUUCUGGUGUGAUCGAUUUCACCGGAAAAUCUACAGCGCCUUCAUCCACGAGGCCAGUGAACCCUCCCAGCAGGUGCCACUGGUUGAUUCAUCCCUGCAGACCCCCGUGGGCCUGGCUCUGGACUGGCUUCAACACAACCUGUACUGGACCGACUCCGGAGCCAAAUGCAUCUCUGUGGCCUCGGUGGACGGCACCAAGAGACGAGUCCUCAUCAGCACUGACCUGAGCGAACCUCGAGCCAUCGCACUGGAUCCCCACCAUGGCUUUAUGUACUGGUCAGACUGGGGCACACGAGCCAAGAUAGAAAAGGCUGGUAUGAAUGGAGUGGACCGGCAGGUGCUGGUGGCCAAUGACAUUGAAUGGCCCAAUGGCAUCACUCUUGAUGUGGCCAGCAGGCGUCUGUACUGGGUGGACUCCAAACUGCACCUCGUAGCCAGUGUGGACUUGAACGGAGCUCACCGCAGGACACACAUGUCCUCAGCAGAGAGACUAGGACACCCCUACGCACUGGCUGUUUUUGAGGAUCGGAUCUACUGGACAGACAGAGACAAGGCAGCAGUCUUCAUGGCCAACAGGCUAACUGGUCAAGACAUCCAACCUUUGGCUGAAAACCUCAAUGACCCCCAUGACAUUGUGGUCUUCCACCAGCUCCGACAGCCACAAGGCCCUGACAGCUGUAAUCUGGGCAGUGUAGUCAAUGGAGGCUGCGAGUACUUGUGUCUUAAGGCCCCACAGAUCACCGAACACUCGCCCAAAUACACCUGCGCCUGCCCGGACGGACAGGAUCUGGGGCCUGAUAUGAGGGGCUGUGUGCCAGGAGCUCCAAGAGAUGACUCUGCAGCGACAGCCUCACCUCCAGCUGGAUUCACACCCGCUGUAGGCUUCCCUCCGUCCUCAGUUGGAGUAUCACAAGCAGACGCCAUCCCCCUCUUGACCACAGCACCCUCUGCUUCGCCUGAGUCUCUGACGCCGCUCAGCACCCUGAAGCCUCUAUCAUCACAGGAGUCCAAAGCGCUGGGCUCCCACUUCACAGCCUCGGCUAUGGUCGUCUCCACCACGCCUGCAGGGGACAGCAGCGUCUCACAGCACUCUGGAAGCGAGCAUUUCCUCCUGGGUGAGAACCUGACUGUAGCUGUUCUGGGAGUGGUCAUCCCCAUUGUUCCUAUCGUUGCCACAGUGAUGUUCGGCCUGGUCUGCGCUGGAGUCUACCUGGUGUGGCGCAACUGGCGGCGCAACUCCACCAAGAGCAUGAACUUCGAUAACCCCGUCUACCGCAAAACCACCGGCGAGGGUGAGGAGGACGAGAUCCACAUCGGACGGACUGAUGCCAUGGCACACCAUGCACACCACCACCCAUACCCUCAGGGAGUGAGUGUGGGAGUGGUGGGAGCAGGAGGCAGCACCUGUCCUCAGUUUAUUGCCCUGCCCCUCGGGGGGAGCAUGCCAGACCCAGGGACUCACUGGUACACGGAGCAGCCCAUGCUCUCCACCACAAAGUGACCCACAGGGGCAACUUCUGGAGAAGAUGGCCGCUCAGGCACACGCACACACAGUGAGGUCAAAGCUGACUUGGACUCGGUUUGCUGAAGGGACGAGAAACUCAUCAUCAAGUCAUGCAGCCAUGCCUAUCCAAACCUUCAAUUUAAAACCACCAAUAUUGGUAAUUACAGACAAACAUGAUUCUUUAGGAAAGAAAUAUAUUCCUUUUCUGAGCUGAAGAUGAAUCUAUUUUCCUCCAGUAAAUGCUGAGAGUUGAUUACAGAAUGAAUAAUAUGCUACUGUGCUCCUGACUGUGACCUGUAGGCUGGAAACUAGAGUUAGACUGGUUCUGCUUUUGACUUUUUGCAUUGAGAACUAAGUGAGGUGUGUGCUGUGUCUUAUACUUUGUGAUGGGGCUGGUGAGGGAUUCAGUUUUGUCUGUGAUGUAUUAAUUUGGGCUUUGAGUUAUUCCUGGUUGGCUGUGGAGCUCUGGGACAGCUGCUAAGGAAGGAAGGGCUCUGAAACUGGGUCAGCUCGGGCGUUGAUGGGACAAUCUGUACAGGCUGGUGUUAGAAUCAAUCACAAAUGUCAUUACUUGAGUCGUCUUGUGUUGUAUACAUUUUGUUGUGAAUUGAUUUCUUUAUUUUUUUAACAAUCUGGAUGAGUUUUCUAACAUUUCAUGUUGUAGUUGAACACAGUUGUUUUGGCAGGUUGUGUUUUUAUUUAUCCUUUAACACCCUAGAGGUUUAGUGAAGUGCAUCAGAUUUACAGACCAGGAAGGUAAAACUGAGACAUACAGUAUUUGGUUUGUUUUCUUCAGAGUGGAGAUUUUACAGAAGCUCUUUCUUCUUUAUUGUGGCUUGUUUAGAUGUUAAAUGGUUUGAGAGAAAAGCAAUAGGCUGCAGCUUUCACCCAGCUGUGGCGUUAUUUGGUUGGCAUAAACCACAGAGUGUUAAUAAUUUCAUUUGAUGACCUGCUUUUAACUGUGACAUAUGCACACAUAAGUACACACUGGGCAUAGUGAUCACAAACUCACGCUGUUCUACAGAAGACAGAAACAACGUGCACCCCCCCUCUGAAAACACAAACAGCAUGCAUAAUUGCUCCCCAGCUGACAAGGCAGCCAUUCAUUGUUUCAUGUGAGAUACACACAUUGUACAGCUGAUUCUGUGGCCUCCAGAGAUGGCCGUUGUCUGAGCAAAACAGUUUUGGAUAGUACCUCGCAGGAGGGCCCAGCUGGUGCCUGCAUCAUGAGAGUGACCUGUCAUGUGGGGUAACCACAGACGACAAAACUCAGGCAAUGAUGCAAUGACAUUGAGACCAACUAGUCCUGCUGGUGGACAUGUUUCAUGCUAGUUUGACUCCCAUCCCAAACCUUAAAAUUGUAGGUGUGUGUUCAUUAAUAUGCAUGUGUGCCAUUGUUCAUCCCACAGCCAUAUUUGAACUGUUUUGUAUGCUCUUUGUUGCACAACCCUCCUAGAAUGCCUUCUGUAUUGCGUUUUGCAUGGAAGAAGAGGGUGUAUGAUGGAAGUGUGUGUGUGUGUGCGUGAGUGUGCAAUGCCAGAAAAGCUUUGAGGGUGCUUUUUGAUUCGUUGGUUUGUAAAUAUGUUUUCAUAAACAUUUUUGAUAAUGUAUUAUAUGAUUAUGUAAAAGAGCAGCUGUACAUAAGAUUUUAGAUAAAGUGUUGACAGGUAUAUUAAUUUAUUUGUACAAAGAAAAGCACUGUUUUACCCUGAUUGUAAGAGAUCAGUUAUCCACCAAAGUAGUUUGUUUGGUUUGUGUUCUUGCUGUGCAUCACUUAGCACCCCUUCUUUGUGUGUAACCUUUCUGUCUUUGUUAACCUACAUAAAACAUAAAGUUCUCCUUAAACAAAAGUUUCUCAAUCUUGGUGAUGAGAAGAUUAAUUUUCUUUAUUUUUUUCUUUCUUUUGUGUGCCUAUUUGUUUACUUUUUCAUAUGACAUCACUGUUUUUCAUGAAAAGAACAGGGAUUAGCCAACUUCUGUACAUGCAAUGAGUUGUAAUAGGACCAAACUGGUUCUGCUUUUUGAUUUUCUGUAACUACUUUUACAUAUCUCUAUAUAUUGAUAUAUAAAAUCUGACA